GGCAUGCUCCCCUCCAAGAAGACAAUCUUUAUCUGACCAUGGAUGGUCGACCGCCUUCUCCAACAGAGGGCCUUCCUGUUUCAGAUGAUCUUUACCUUGUUGUGGAUGACAAAUCAUCAGCUGUUGCUCACCAGCCUGUGGUACACACUCCUAGCGAUUCUUAUGUCAUAUUUACCGACGGAUCACGUCAGUCAGGUGUGCCUGAGACAGAAGAUGUGUACCUUGCAGCGUAUGAAGGAGAAAGAAGAGCACCGAAUGUCAAGGAAGGUGCAAGGUUGUCCCGAAGCCCAACACCAAAGAAACUUGGCAUACCAGUACCUGUCACAAAGCCUAAAGCCUUCACACUUGGUGGAGCAAUGGUCGAUGAGUUGAAAAGGGAAUUAAAUUCUGGACUCCUAGAGGAAGACGACUUUUACCAAAAUCUUCCUGGAAGGGCAAUGACUGAUGUUCACAACUUACAACAAGAACGGAGGGCAGCAAAUCGCAACAGUGGGUUGCAUCCACAGACAUCUGGAUAUGAAGCUGGAGGAGGUAGAGAUCUUUAUGAAAACUUGAGACGGCAACCGAUUUCAGAUGUAAAGUCUCACAGUCAACCCCAACAAGUCUCACAACCACCCCUUCAAAUGGAAGAGAUCUACGGCAACCAAGAGGUUGUAGAUAUGUCUAACAUGCCUCCCACCUUGGAUGUGAUUUAUGGCAACUCGGACCUAAUUGAAGAGCAGGUGUAUGCAAACACAUGAUUCUGUGGAUUGUAGAUUUAGUGACUGGUUCUUGCAAUUGUAUUUAGCUGGUCCUAAACCCAUUUGCUCACCCAUUUUUUGCUUUGUUUUCAAGUAUAUAAUGUGUGCACGCACAUUAUGUGUGUUUAAUGAUAUGUAUGUAUAUUGUUGUUUUACUUGUGCUACUGCAUGCUCAAAUGGUUUUUGAUCUAAUUGUCGAACUGGCACAAAGUGAUUGUUGAGCAUCUAGAUUUGUAAUAGAAUGGAUGCUAGUGCUGUUUUGUUUUGUAGUUUAAACUCAUCAAAUAUUUAAAUUAUCUGGGAAAGGAGCACACAGAUGACUGCAAG